AGAGUCGUCCGUCACCUUUGGGUAGGCGGUGCCGGAGGAAGGCGAGCUGUGGGAGCAGCCACUGGGCAUUGAUUGUUUUUUGCUGCUGAGCUGUCAGUUGAGUUGCCGUCCUUCCUGCGCCCGCCCUGACUGUGUUUUUUUUUAUCCGAUAUAUUCUUAUUUUUUUUAUGAAUAUUGGGGCUCUUCCUGGAUGAACAUUAUUACCCAGAAUGCACAGGACUGUGGGCAUGUAGCUGCCAGCUAGUGUUGUCAACCCCUCCCCCCCUCUCUCUCCAAGAUGGCGGUCCAGGAAUCAGCUGCUCAGCUCUCAAUGGCUCUGAAGGUUCAGGAGUACCCAACUUUAAAGGUACCAUAUGAGACGCUGAACAAGCGCUUCCGAGCGGCACAGAAGAACAUUGACCGAGAGACAAGCCACGUCACCAUGGUUGUGGCGGAACUGGAGAAGACUUUGAGCAGCUGCCCUGCUGUAGACUCUGUGGUUAGCCUGCUGGACGGGGUGGUGGAAAAACUGAGUGUCCUUAAAAGAAAGGCAGUGGAGUCGAUCCAGGCAGAGGAUGAGAGUGCCAAGUUGUGUAAGAGGCGGAUUGAACACCUGAAGGAACACAGCAGUGACCAAGCGGCUGCUGUCAACAUGUGGAAGAAGAAACGUAUGGACCGCAUGAUGGUGGAACAUCUACUGCGCUGUGGCUACUAUAACACAGCUGUCAAGCUGGCAAGGCAAAGUGGUAUCGAGAGCUGCCUGGAAUUCAGCCUUAGGAUCCAGGAGUUCAUAGAGCUGAUCAGACAGAACAAAAGGCUGGACGCUGUCAGACAUGCAAGAAAACACUUUAGUCAAGCGGAAGGAAGCCAGUUGGAUGAAGUUCGACAAGUGAUGGGGAUGUUGGCCUUCCCUUCAGACACCCACAUUUCACCUUAUAAGGACCUUUUGGACCCAGCUCGAUGGCGCAUGCUCAUCCAACAGUUUCGAUAUGACAACUAUAGACUACAUCAGCUGGGAAAUAAUUCUGUGUUUACUAUAACUCUUCAGGCAGGCCUUUCUGCUAUUAAAACACCUCAGUGCUACAAAGAAGAUGGGACUUCUAAGAACGCAGAUUGUCCAGUGUGCAGCAAAUCCCUGAACAAGCUUGCCCAGCCUCUUCCAAUGGCACAUUGUGCCAACUCCAGACUGGUGUGCAAGAUUUCAGGAGAUGUCAUGAAUGAAAACAACCCUCCCAUGAUGCUACCUAAUGGAUAUGUGUAUGGAUACAAUUCUCUUCUUUCUAUUCGCCAAGAUGACAAAGUGAUUUGUCCAAGAACCAAAGAGGUCUUCAACUUCUCGCAAGCAGAGAAGGUCUACAUCAUGUAGAGCUGUCCCCUUGUGCCUCCAGAGCCUGCUGAAGACGAGACGGCAGCACCACACGCACAACUUGCAUUCGCUGGUUGCAUUUGUUGUCUUUUGCAGCCAAAGAUUCUAAACAAGUUACAAUCAAUACUUCAAGACAAAGUUACAUCUUAAACAACAGAAGUGCAAAAACAUAAGGAGAAAAAAAAAUUGUACUUUAGGAAUAUAAAACCUUUUUUUGAUUCUGAGCAUUUUUUUUGUAACGUACAGUCAAGACGGAUGCUUCGGAAGAGUUCAUUUGUUUGAGUUAGUUACUUUUCCGGCCCUUCAUGGAGAUGCAGCGUUUGGCUGCUCCAUCAAGUAGUAAAGCCUUGCAUUAUUUCUUUGUGCAAGUCUCGGGAUCUUAUCAUCCCUAUUGCUGCCUUACUCCUAGCUUUCAGAAUGUACACCCCAUGGACACGCAUACCACGGACUGUUCUGUGUUGGUUUUCUACAGUUACCAGGAAAAAUCCGAAAGGGGUUUUCCACUUUAUUCUAAAAAGUAGACUUCUGCUUUAAAAGGGAAAUCUGUUUUAAGCCGUAGCUUUUAACCUGUUACCAAUACUUCUUAUAUUAACAGAGAGUAGACUCCUCCUUAGCUUCUUGAUCUUACUAGGACCAACCCUUUCACCCACGUAAUCUAAACUUGCAUUGCAGCCUUGCAAAUACCGGUACUUCAGUCCACCAAGGGCCAUCUAUGGGCUCUGCAGUCUGAGGACCCGCCAUGUUAGUAUAUGUAAGAUUUAAAAACAGCUAAGAGGUUUUGGUAA